CUCUAUAGCCAUCACCUUAAUUAGCUAAUUAAUUAAGUAGGACAAUUACACAGUGAUGGAGAGAGAUCGGUCGAUGGAAGAAGUCAGAGGCACAGUUUGUGUAACUGGUGGAACAGGAUAUAUAGCCUCAUGGCUGAUUCUGAGGCUGCUUCAGCAUGGUUACUCGGUUCGAGCCACCAUUAGAUCCAACCCUGCUAAAGGCAAGAGAGAUAUCAGCUACCUGACAAGCCUUCCAGGAGCACAAGAGAAACUCCAAAUCUUCCAUGCAGAUCUCAACAACCCCGAGACCUUCAACGACGCCAUCCAAGGCUGCACCGGUGUCUUCCACCUUGCUCACCCUAUGGACGUUGAAGGCAAAGAACCCGAGGAAACCGUAACCAAACGAGCCCUGGAAGGAACACUAGGCAUUUUGAAGGCAUGUCUAAGUUGCAAGACGGUGAGGCGAGUGGUUUACACAUCCAGUUUGGCCACAAUAUUGUACAACAGCAAGCGUCUUGAAGAAACUGAUGAAAACACAUGGAGUGAGGUUGAUGUAUGCAGAAGUAACAAGCUUGUGAGCUCUUCUUACUUGGUUUCCAAGACUCUGGUGGAGAGGACAGCCCUGGAAUUUGCAGAGAGGAAUGGUUUGGAUCUUGUCACUGUGGUUUUGCCUAUAGUAGUUGGACCCUUCGUCUGUCCAAAUGUUCCUGCUUCCGUGUACAUGGGCAUGGCUCCCAUUUUUGGUGACCAAGAGCAAUGUAAAUAUCUUGUUAGCACAUAUAUGGUGCACAUAGAUGAUGUGGCGAGUGCCCAUAUCUUCCUUCUUGAACAUGCUAAUGCAAAAGGGAGGUACAUUUGUUCGUCGAUCCAAACAACGAUUCAUGAGUUAUAUGACUUUCUUUCCGCAAGAUACCCAGAACUUCAUAUAUCAAUACCAGAUCAGUUAAUGGAGAUUAAAGAUUACAAAGGAACUAAUGUAUUUUCAAUGAAACUGUUGAAUACUGGCUUCAAAUUUAAAUACUGCCUUGGGGAAAUGUUUGAUGGCGCUAUUCAAUCUUGCAAAGAGAAGGGUUUUCUAUAAUUCAUGUUAUCAGUGAGCUGUGGACCGUGUCUAACUAACAUCAUGGAAGUUACAUGUUCAAAUCUCAUUAGCAUUAGAGAUAAGUGAGAAGAUUAACUAUGUGUGUGCGUGUGAUUCAUGUUAAGAAAGGAAGUAUAUAUUUGCAACACCUUUACCGGCCUGAUCGAUGAUGAGAAUAGCUAUUUAUUUUUACCACUUUUUUCUAGUACACCUUUAUCUGGUUCUAUCUGGGGCUUG